GGUCAGUCUGCUCUCGCAUUACUAUAAACGUCAAAGCUCUUGUAUUUCGCGAGUACCGCCAUCUUGUCGAUGAUGGACAUCGUUCAUAUAGUGCUUUUCCGGUACAAACAUGGCUGUUGGCAGCUCUCUUCCCAUUCGCUCACACCAGUAAAAUCCCCACUCCACGGAGCUUUUAUUGGUUCGUUUUCAGCAGAUGUUUAAAGUAGGAGAGUUGUGAUUGGUUAAGAGAGUCUAAGCUUACUGGUCUGAGCGGCCAGAUAGCUGCUGGGAGCUGUGACAGCUGGGAGUGAAUUCGAUGGACCUGUUUGGACGGAUCUUCAACACUGUGAGCGCAGUAAGCAGCCUAUUCACAAAUCCCUACAAGGUGCGGGAAGUACCUCUGUUGGAUUAUGUUGGUUGUCCCCGAAUUAGAGAAGAUGGACGGGUUUUGCUUUACAGGAGUAAGACCGCAAGAUCAUGGGAGUGUCUUUUAGUAAACCCUCUUACUCCGCAAAAUGCAUUUCGUCUGUUCCAGCUGAAUUCAGAGACAGAAGCUCUCCAGCAAUUUCAGGAAUAUGCACUCAAACUGCGGCCAUUUUAUGAGAGUGCCAGACAGGGACAUCAUCUAGAAACUGUCCAACAACUCACAGACUGUCUGCGUGGACAUCCAAGCUGGUCUUUGGCACACAUAGCAGUGGAGAUGGGCCUUCGAGAUAGUUUUAGGCACAAUGGAAUUCUAAGGAGUGUGAACAGCACAGAAUGUGAUGGAGGCUGCACCCCACUGCACCUGGCCUGCAAGAAAGGGGACAUUGAGUGCAUACAGGAGCUUGUGGAGGAGUGUCAUGCCAAGCAGGACAUUGCUGACUCUAAUGGAGAGACCGUGUUCCAUUACGCAGCCCGUCAGAACAAUCCCCGUGUUAUCGAGAUCCUGUGUUCUGUGCCAUCCAUUGGUAUUAACCAUCUGAGCAACACCAGGGAGGCUCCAUUGCAUGUGGCCUGCCGCAUGGGCAAGGCUGAGUCAGUGCUUGCCCUGCUGCGCUGCCACGCUCACUGUGAUAGCAUGGGAAAGGAUGGCUACCCCAUUCACACAGCUAUGAAAUACUCCAUGAAAGGAUGUGCAGAAGCAAUAUUGGACUUCAGUGCUAGCCAGGUCCGUGCAGAAGAUCCUCGACACGGGGCAACCCCUCUGCAUUGGGCAAAGACAGCUGAGAUGUCUCUACUGUUGCUUGAGCGUGGUAGCAAUGUGAAUUCUUUCAGUAGAACAUCAGAAACUCCACUACACAUUAUGGUGAAGAGAGACCGGUUUGAUUGCGCUAUGGUGCUGUUGACUCAUGGAGCAGACCCCAACUCCAAGGGAGAGCAUGGAAACACACCCCUACACCUUGCAAUGAAGAAGGAUCACCUGGAACUUAUCAAAGCCCUUAUGGUGUUUGGGGCCAAUGUGGAACAGCCCAAUGACUUUGGGGAGACACCAGGACUCAUGGCAGCCAGGACCAGCAAAGGAUCCAAUCGCAAGGUGCUACUCAGCAUGCUUUGUAACGUAGGAGCAGAGCGCUGUUUUCCCCCUGAUACCCAGCUUCCACCAGCUGCCUCCUUCCCCAGCACUGUGCCUCCCAUGGACAAAACUAGCGGCAUAGGCUUCCAGGACUUGAUCUAUGUUUCCACUGGUCUGAGCAGUAUGCUGGUGUCGCAUGACAGUGUGGACUUCGCAGGAGAUGGCCUAAGAGUACGAGACCGUCUUCUGUGUUUGGAUGGAGGUGGAAUCCGUGGACUGGUCCUUAUUCAGUUGCUUAUUGCCCUAGAACAAACAGCAGGCCGUCCUAUAAGGGAGCUCUUUGAUUGGGUCUCUGGAACCAGCACAGGAGGUAUCUUGGCACUAGCAAUAGUGCAUGGAAAGCCCAUGGAGUACCUCCGCUGUUUGUACUUCCGUAUGAAGAAUGAGGUUUUCCGUGGAUCAAGACCAUAUGAGUCUGGACCUUUAGAAGACUUUCUGAAAAAGGAAUUUGGGGAACAAACAAAGAUGACAGAUGUGAAGUACCCUAAGGUGAUGGUGACUGGAACAAUGUCAGAUAGACACCCAGCUGAACUGCAUCUGUUCCGGAACUAUGAUCCCCCUGAAACAGGCAGAGAGCCAACAUUCAAAAGGCUUGCUUCAUUCCGUCCAGUAACAAGACCAGAAGGUGAACAGUGUGAGGGAGGACAGAGCUUAGAAAUACCCUGGGAAGAGCAAUUGGUGUGGCGUGCUGCACGGUCCAGCGGUGCUGCUCCCACAUACUUUCGCCCCAUGGGCCGUUUCCUGGAUGGUGGGCUGCUUUCCAACAAUCCCACUUUAGAUACAAUGAGCGAGAUACAUGACUACAAUACCUGCAUGAAGCGUCAGGGUAGGGGCGAGCAGGUAAAGAAAUUAAGUGUGGUGGUUUCACUGGGCACUGGGAAGCCUCCACAGAUACAGGUCAGUUCUGUUGAUGUGUUCAGACCAUCUAAUCCAUGGGAGAUGAUGAAGACUGUGGUCGGAGCAAGAGAACUAGGCAAGAUGGUGGUGGACUGUUGCACAGAUUCAGAUGGUCCUGCUGUUAAUAGGGCCCAAGCAUGGUGUGAAAUGAUAGAUGUCCCAUACUUCAGAUUGAGCCCCCAGCUCCAAACAGAUGUCAUGCUGGACGAGGUUAGUGAUGCCGUGUUAGUUAAUAUGCUGUGGGACACACAGAUCUACAUCUACCAGCAGAGGGAGGUACUGCAGAGGCUGGCAAGACUUUUACUGGAGCCCUGAAGACUAUAUGCAACUACAUAAUGCUGCACAUUCACUCACAAAGAACUUGUACCACAACAGCGCUGAGACCUUGGAUGUUAUGACCAAAAGAAAUGGAGGAAAUAUCCGAGUACUUAAAUAGCCCUCAUUCUUCAUAUACAUUACGACUUAUGAUUGACAUUAAAUGCAUUUAUGACUUUUUUUUGGUCACCUGGAUCAAAGGGUUAAAUAUUUUUUCUGUUAUAAAUGUUUUAUGAUAAAUGUAGGAAACUUAUAUAAACAAUUUACAAUUAACACAUCUGAUUGAAAAUGGUGAUUUGAUCUUAAACCUGGACAUAUCAGAUCUUUGUCCAAUGGUUGAAAUAAUAUGAUCUCCAUUGCUGACAAUUGGACUAUGUAUUACAGUACCUUUGUUCACCCACAACUUGUCACUUUUAAAGAGCAUUAAGUGUCCCAUAAUAGACAACUAUAGGUCUCUACCAUCUAUAUACUAUAUUGCACAGUUAAUGAUGACGCAUAGCUGUUUGAGCACAGAAAAUAUUUGCAAAAUGGAGUGAUCAGAGCGUUCUACAUUGACCUUAAUAGCAUCUAUAAUGGGUUCAAAAACAUUUACUUUAUGUGAAUAUACCAGUGCGAAAAAAAAAGUACUGUGCGGGUUUGGUUUUGGAGAUAAGUGAUUGAGACAGAAAGGGGCAAUCCCUUUUGCUACACUAGACUUUAUUUGGGUUUAAACUACUGGCCAGUAUGAGCAAACAGACAAAAUCUGUGGGAUCAUGGGAGGGGUGCAAACAGUCUGUAUGAAACCUGUCAUUCGCUGACAUGACACGGUGCAAAGAUGUCAUCAAAAAGUGUUCAGACGAAAACUUACAAACAGGCUGUCAGGAUAGUCUGGUUAUGCAGCGUUUAUGGUUCCGUUGACCAGGAAAAACUUAGAGGACAUCAGAGUGGGCGGCUCAAGACACAACAUGUUGGGGCAUAUGUAAUAGAGUCCGAGUCUGCCAGAGUUGGGGGGUGCCGGAUGAUCUCGGAUAUUUUAUUUAAAGUGGCAAACAUUUACAAGGCAAAACCAGGUUGGUUGGUUUUGUCUUGUAAAUGAUUUCAGCUUUAAAAAACCCCCAAGAAAACAGAGAUCGACCGGCAUCCCCCACCUCUGACAAACUCGGACCCUAUUACAAUAUGCUCCGUUGUGUCAAACAAUACAUAAUGGAGGAACACUGAUGCUACAAGCAUGGCUAUGGGUUGUUGGGUCGACUCAACUUAGGUCGACUGUCAUUAGGUCGACCACUGAAAGUCGACAUAUACUAGGUCAACAGGUGAAAAGGUCAACAUGAGGGUUUUUUUUUACUUUUUUUGGUGUCGUUUUCUUUGUAAAGUGACGGGGAACCCCAAUUAGUGCACCGUGUUCGCUCGCCAUGCUUUGGGCAAGGUGCCAUGCUCCGCUACCACUUCACUCGGCACAGAUUACCGUUCGAAUUGUAGUCCACGUGGAUCGUCAAGUAUGGCAAAAUCCCCCCCAAUUUUUUUUUUAAAAUGUGAAAAACACGUCGACCUUUUCACAUGUUGACAUAAUGCUCAUGUCGACCUAAUGACAGUCGACCUAAGUUGUGUCGAUCUAACGCCCAUAUCCCACAAGCAUUUCACAUGGGGUAGCUUAAGCGGACAGCCCACUAGUUGCAUAAGUGACAGUAAAACUACAGCUAUUUUUUGGGAUUAAUUUAUGAACAAAUCUUAAAAUGUAAUAUUCAAAUAUUAUUGGAUUGAUUUCUAUUAAUUACUUUAUAUUGCUAUUUAUUUAAGGUUAAACUGUGCAAAGCAAAUAGUGUAUUGCAUGACUACGUCUUGUAGUCAAUGUGUAUAAUAAACAUAUACAUGUA